AUGGCCCUCUGUAGGUUCCCGCAAACCCAGACAUCGGUCGAGCAGGGGCUCCCGAUUCACAACGAGACGGUCGAACAGAGGUUCCCGCAAACACAGACAUCGGUCGAGCAGGGGCUCCCGAUUCACAACGAGGCGGUCGAACAGGGGUUCCCGCACACACGGACAUCGGUCGAGCAGGGGCUCCCGAUUCACAACGAGGCGGUCGAACAGGGGUUCCCGCACACACGGACUUCGGUCGAGCAGGGGUUCCCGAGUUCUAGCGAGGCGGUCGAGCAGGGGCUCCCGCAUACACACACAACGGCCGAGCAGAGGCUCCCGAUUGUAACCGAGGUGGUCGAGCAGAGGCUCCCACAUACAUCUGAGGCGGUCGACGACGAGCUCCCGCCUCUUAUCGACAAGAAUGAACGGGCUGUGGACUUAAAUGUGAACGACGUGGUGGAGACAGAGCUCCCACGUCUAGCGGGGGGUACUUCAUCCUCCAGCGACAGCGACGUUCCAACCUCGAGCAGUGGCUCAAGACGCAAGAGAAAGCGUAAACGCAAGAAAGGUGCACGCCGAUCACCAAGACGACGAAAUUCUCGCUCAAGCGCCGUUGACGAUGAUACUGUAUUGACGGAAUCCGUUUGUGCGCUUGAAUAUGUGAAAGGGUCUUCACAUCGUGGCCGCUACGUUGAGGUAGCGAGCCCUCCGUGCACUGUUGCAGAGAUCAUAUCUCUAUUAACCCUACCAUGGAAAGAUUUUCUUCACGACCUCAAGGCCGGCGACAUCGAGCAAGUGUGCAUCAUAUCAGCCGCCGAAGCAGCUAGUGGAGAAGUUCUGGAGGCUCGCCCAAAGAGCGCUGAGCCCAAAUCAGCGCGCGAAGAACGUUUCGUGGCACAGUCUUGGGAAGCCCUUCGUGCUUCGGGCAACCCUGUCUAUGAUAUCGCGCGAGAGUAUGCCGACAUCUUUCCGGAGAAUAUCACCGCUGAGCUUCCAGCGGACCGUGGUGUGCGACACGAGAUCGAUCUCGUGCCAGGAUCGAAGUAUUGCGUGACGCGGCAGUGGCCGCUACCGCGUGACCAAGUCAUCGCAAUUGAUGAAUUUUUUUGA